AUGGAGGACAAUAGUACUUACAACGCCAACUAAUCAUUCUAAGGAAAAGGAGUUGCGAUGCAUAAUUUAGUUUGGUGGUGGUUCUAAUUUUUGAUGCUGGUACCUUCCAAUAUACUUAUAGUCUACAAAUGGUGGGAAAGACACGACUUUACUGACUGCGUUUACGAAGAUGAGCUUAUGAUUGAAUCUGAAUUGGAAGAGUAUUAAAAGAAAAGAGAUAAAGGAAAAAAGAUCCAUUUGCUGAAGCGUCCUAAAUAUGAUGAUCUUUGGCUUCUCUAUUCGUAUGUUGCUAUUUGGUACUAUAUACAUGAUUGUUUUUACUUGAUAACAUACUACAACUUUUUUGAAGAGCCUUGUGUGACAGGAAUGGUUCUACAUCAUAUAGGAGCUCUACCUGCUGUUUUCAGCAUAGUUUAUACAUCUUAUAUUCCUUAUUGGAUAGGUUCAAUCUAUUCAUUACAUUGCGUUCUAAUUGUGUGGCCUUACAACAAGAUAUUACAUGUACCUUACGUUAUGGCUCUAAUCUUUAUGCUUUACAAUGUUUUAUUUACAAAACCAUUCACUCAGGCAAAGCCAUUUAGAAGAAUAGUUAAAAUAGUUCCUUUGCUAUCGGUAGGUUUAUUAUUCAUAUCUCUGAAUGGAUGUGAUACUAAUGAUUUGAUAUAUUGA